UUGUCUGAGAGUUUCUGUAUUUACUGCUUGUUGUUUCUCUGUAGGCUACUGUCAGUUUCAUAAAUUCCUGGGAAACGUUGGGCUAUUGAAUUCCUGUUGUACUCACGUGGGGAUCGGACAUAUGACAAAGAGGUGGACUUUAGUUUUCGCUUAUACGUGUUUGCCACUCUUGAAGAACUCAAAGAGAAACUCUUCUGUACACAAUCAUGAGUUGCAACGCAGUGACGCAGUGAGUUGCAAAGCAUCUGCCUGUCUGGGCACGGCAUCAACCCCCUUCUUAAAGCUUCAGUUAACGACGCUAUUUUCUUUUAAAAAACGAAACCAAGAGAGCUGAACCGAUGUGGAGGUGUCUGGUCAAUUCCUUUGUCACCUGCAGCUUGUGAUUGUGGAUUCUUCAUGGUGGCAUCUAAAAUGAAGAAAAAGAUGACCAUAUUUCAGCUUUUCAUUUACCUGGGAGGAACCACAUUACCCUUUGUGAAAUGUUUUAGUGAUGGCAAUUUUGAUGGCAGUCAAGAUGUGUGUCAGUCAAUGGCAGUUAAUCAUGAUGACCUCUCCAGUCAGAAUCCAGGAUUAGCUCCUUUUACAGUUGAUCCUGAUAAUGUCAUUGUCACAGAAUCAGAUUUGGGAGCAGCCAUUAAAGUAUCCCUCACAGCUAAUUCAGUGAGUCAACCUUUCCGUGGCUUCAUGUUGGAGGCAAGAGAAACUAACGACGGUCCACCUGUGGGUGUGUUCUCUUUGUUGGACUCAGCCAUCAGCAGACUCCAGAGUUGUAACGGCGUUGCUGAUACAGCUGUUACACAAACCAAUAACCAAGAUAAAACUGAAGUAAGGGUCUCAUGGAGAGCUCUUAAGCCUGGGCGAUACUUCUUCAGAGCUACGUUUGUUGCGGACUUCGAGAACUUUUGGGCUAGAAAGGAGAUAUCCACACCUACAACAACCACAACGCCUACAACAACCACAACGCUUACAACAACCACAACACUUACAACAACCACAACACCUACAACAACCACAGCGCCUACAACAACCACAACGCUUACAACAACCACAAUGCCUACAACAACCACAACACCUACAACAACCACAGCGCCUACAACAACCAAAACACCUACAACAACCAAAACACCUACAACAACCAAAACACCUGCAGCAACCAAAACACCUACAACGUCUACAACAUCUACCACAACAUCAACAUCUUUAACACCCUUUAUAACAGAAGGCAGCAGUACUUCAGCCAAAUCAGACCUAUCUGUGUGUAAGUCUGGGAGUGACUGGUUUUUAAUCCUGCUGUUGGCCAGCUAUCUGUCUCUUGUUGAGGGUUUCCCUUUCCUGAUGGUACACAGAAAGCGAAGAAAUGUUGUUGUGAUACAGGUCUCCUCUGUUCUUUCUUCACUGUUUUCAUUAGUGGCUUUCAUCAUCUUGUUGAUACUCACUGAACUGGUUGCAGCCAAAGUUUUGACAGGACUGGCAGUGUUUCUGAGCCUGUGCCAAGUGAUUGUGAUAUUUUUCUUUGGCGGACCAAGCCACGAGUUAAGGAGACACCUGUGCUGGGUCUUCGGACUGGUUGCAUUUGCAAACAUUUGUGUGACAACGGCUGCAAUAUUUGUUGGGCUUGUGAAGUCUAAGAUCUGUACAUGGCUACUCAUUGUGAUGGCAGCAUAUCUGGCAUUUGAUUUGCUGUUCAACAUGCUGUACUCAGGUUUUACGUCCAAGAAGCCUGGACAAAUCAGUCAGAGGAUUUCUUACAGGUCCAUGUGCCUUGUCAUCUCAACACUGGUGAAUGUAGCAUUUUCAGUAGCACUUAUCAUUGGAAUAUUUUUGUGCAAAUGCGGUACAGUAACAGAGCAGAGUAGUAGAAAUACAUGAUUGCUACCUAAGAGACUUUGAUUCCAUUAUAUUUUACUGUUUUACUUUCUUGUUUGUUUUCACCUUCAUUAAGUCUUGGCUAUUUUGCAUCCAUUAUUAUGACUUUUGUGUAGGCAGUGCAUCUUGUGUAUUGUGGGAAUAUGUCAUACAAAAUAUCUGGAUGACAAAAUGUAAAUUCACAAAAUAAUGCAUUCAUAACAGAUCGUUCUUCAGCAAACUGUGCAUUCCUUGGGAUGACGUAUGGCUAGAUGCCAGAAAACGCUACUGAAUAACCACUGCUAAAACAACAUCCGACUCAUUAGAAUAGAGGGAAUAAAGAGGUAUUAGAUCUAGUAGUCAAAAUGAAUGCUAAUGGUCUUAUGAAGUAAAAACACCCAGGACUUAGUGCUCAUAACAAUACCAUACUAAAAUAUGCACUAAUUUAGUAGAUGUCAGGGAACAGUAGGUAUUGGGGUUUAUUUUAUCAAACUCAGAACAGUCAAACUGACCAUCUUGGCCUUUCAAGUGUAAAAGCUACAUGACAUGAUACGCCUGCAUUUUGUUUGUGCCUGCUGGAGGAAUCACCAAAUGAUCAAGCUAUUGCACUGAGUUUCGACGUUCACCUGUGGUUUCGAGUUUAGCCCUUGCGUGUUGUUCAUGUUUUUGUUACUCAGUAUUCUGGUGGACCCACCGCAUUAUUGUUUUUUUUUAAUCAAUACAGCCAUAACAAUUAAUGUAAAAAUAGCAGAUG